AAUAAUAAUAUAUAGCUGUGUUUACAUUUUCACCAACAUCAUAAUAAAUAUGAAUACAAUUUCAUAUAAAUGCAACCAAAGUUUUUGCAAUCUAAUGUACGUACAUUAAUUCUUGGAGCCAUAUAUUGUAAUCUCUCCCAUCUUGAGUCAUAUUCUAGAAGGUUUUCCUUAUAUAAAAAGCUGAAUAGCUGACUAUAAAAUUGCAUACAUAUAAUAAUAUACAUGGGUAUAUGUAGCUUGCAUAAGAUUAUACGAACGUAGAUGAAGUAUUGGUGGCUGAAGUAGAGGGUUUAGGUUGGAAAAAAAAAUAUUUAAGAGUAGACGUUGAAACUUGAAAGUUUAACGAAAACACCCCACCAAGCAAUCUCUUCCCUCCUGUGUAUAAUCUCCUUUUUCUCUUUUCAUUAUUCAUGAUAAUUAAUAAGAUUCCCACAUAAAUGUAAAAAAAUAAUAAUAAGAAAUAGAUGGGGAAAAAAAGAAGAAGGUAGAUUACUUAAGAGUGUGUUUGGUUAGGGAAGACGUUGGCAUCAAUCGCCGGUGAAAACCUCCCUCCAAACUUUCUAUCACUCUCUAACGAAUCUUAUAAUAUUCAUUACUUUCAAUUCUUUAUAUAAUAUCUAAAUAUAUAAAUAUAUAUGUAUGUAUGGUGCUGUUGCUCUUCAGCUUUCUUCUUGUUCCUACAUACCCAUCUUCCCUCACCUACAUCAAACCUAGGGUUUCUUAACUAUAGCAACAACAUAUAUAAAUUUAUAUAUAGGUUGUGAUUUAUAGAAGAUCAUAGUAUAGAGAUCAGAAGGAGAGGAAUUAGAAGAAUGAUGUGCAGUCGAGGCCAUUGGAGACCUGCAGAAGAUGAGAAGCUAAGAGAACUCGUCGAACAAUUUGGUCCUCAUAAUUGGAACGCCAUAGCUCAGAAGCUCUCUGGUCGAUCUGGCAAGAGUUGUAGAUUGAGAUGGUUUAAUCAAUUGGAUCCUAGGAUUAACCGAAACCCUUUCACGGAGGAAGAAGAAGAAAGGCUUUUAGCGUCUCAUCGGAUCCAUGGGAAUAGAUGGUCUGUGAUCGCUAGAUUUUUCCCAGGUCGAACCGAUAACGCUGUUAAAAACCAUUGGCACGUCAUCAUGGCUCGUCGUGGCCGAGAACGGUCCAAGCUCCGACCACGUGGCCAUGGCCAUGAUGGCACGGUAUCUGCGACUGGGAUGAUGGGUAAUUAUAACGACUGCGAUAAGGAGAGAAGAUUGGCAACCACAACCGCUAUCAAUUUUCCUUAUCAAUUCUCUCAUAUUAGUCAUUUUCAAGUCCUCAAAGAAUUCUUGACCGGAAAGAUCGGGUUCCGGAAUAGUACUACUCCAAUACAAGAAGGAGCAAUAGACCAAACUAAACGACCGAUGGAGUUCUACAAUUUUCUCCAAUUAAACACGGAUUCGAAGAAACCCGUAGUGAUAGACAAUUCAAGAAAAGAUGAAGAAGAAGAAGAUGUCGCUCAAAACAACCGUAACGAGAAUUGUGUUCCCUUUUUCGACUUUUUGUCUGUUGGAAACUCUGCCUCUCAGGGUUUAUGUUAAUUAGUCCGUACCACAUGUAUAAGGUGGACCAUAUGUAGAAAUUACUAAUCAAUUAGAGCUCUUGUUUGAGCCAAAUGUGAAAAUUAGUUAAGGCAGCCCAAACAUUUCUUGUAUAACAAAUCUAAGGUUGUACUACUUUUAUCAGGUCUAAUUUCCUAUAUUUAUUUUAAGGGUGUUUAAUCAGACUUAAAAAUAACUAUUCG